UGCAACGUAAUGCAACAACAGGUGUUGUUAUGCCGCCAACCUUUUCGUUCCAAUUCACGCCUCUUUUCUUUUAGAAAAUAUUUGUGUUCCCUUUGUUGUUUAUUUUAGAGCGCUUUAUUCAGCUGUUUUGAUUAAUCCUCGAUUUUACGCCGCCGACAUUCCGCCCAGCAAUGAUACCCAACUGACCAAGCUCCUUAUCACCCCUCGAUGACAUUAGCCUCCGACCUCCCAUAACAUCACCACUGCGCGCAAAUCAAUUGCGACUUGCCUUUGAAUAUAAUCAAGCAUGCUUUCGAGCCCUAUGGCGGGCAAAUCGGUCGAUAGCUUGUCGCCAUUGGCGUCGCGCAGCCGCAAUGACCUACCUCAGCACAGCAAUCGGCCAGGCACAUCGCAUGGCCCGCAUUCGCGAAGGGGGUCAGCUGCUAGCUCGAUAGGCGGUGCCCUGCAAAAGACCUCGAGCAGCUGGAACCUCGACGAACAUCAAACUGGCAAUAACGCUAUCUCUACUCUUCUCUCUACGCCAAUUAUCCGAACUGGUCUCCAAGCAUAUACUUCUGGAUCCUCGAGCGCACACAGAAUACCCACGGCGCGAGACAUCCCUCCCGUAACCCUGACCAACAUCCCGAAAAUCGACGCCGCCGAAUUUAACGACUACUUGUCACAAGUUGGCGCAUUGUAUGAACAGUUGCGACGUGUUCAAGAAAAUGACGAAGAAUCGUCCAAUACUUAUCAAAGACAAGAGGAACUCAACGACCCCUCCAACGACGGGCUGCUGAGUGUGUCGAAGAACAGAAGUUCACGCCGAGGGUCAACUGCUUCCCUUUCCUCUCUUGGGUCACUAGAAGCUGGUAGCCGAAGCCGACGCUCGAGUAUAUCAUAUAACAAAAAGGGCGCACAAGGCCCACCACCACUGUCGACAAUUCCCAAUGUCUACUUUGACGACGAUUUCCACCUUGAGAACCCGCGCACGUUUGACGUCGUUAGUGAACGGUCUGAAGUCAUUCGAACAAACGACAGUAAAGAACGAGCAGAUGCAAGUGCCCCGCGAAAGGCGCUCGCAACAAAUGCUAUUCUUCAAGAAAAGUUGUCAUGGUAUAUGGAUACUAUUGAAGUUCACCUGGUCAGCUCUAUUUCUACGGCAUCAACAACAUUCUUUUCAGCCUUAGGAUCGCUCAAGGAGCUCCAUUCAGAGGCAAGCGACUCGGUGGAGAGGAUAAAGGCCCUCCGGCUAGAACUUGAAGCGUUGGAUGCAGAAAUCGCGACCACUGGGCUUGAGAUUGUUCAAAAGAGCCGCCGACAAGAAAACCUGCGACAACUCAACGAUGCUGUCGCACAGCUUAAGCGUGUUGUGGAUGGUAUUGCAACGUGCGAAUCUCUAGUGGAUGGAGGAGAAGUUGACAAGGCGUUAAUUCAUAUCAAUGCCGUGGAAAACUUAAUAGCCGGUGAAGCGGAUGCCAACAGUGGUGUCCAGCAAGGCACCCUUCGAGAUCUUCGAGGGGCGAUUGCCCUCCAAGGAGUGACUACUGACUUGGCCUCACUACGCUUCCGCAUUGGCAAAGCGUAUGAGCUGCAGUUUGGCAAUAUUUUAAUGGCUGACCUGCGCCGGCACGUCGAGUCAGUAACUGUUCCUGAUGUCCUCUUGCGAUGGAGCAAUGCGGCGUCCCGUGCUCGCGGAGGCCACUCAAGAACCCCUUCGAUGUUUCCUACAUAUCUAUCUGCCACCGAAGAACUAAAGGCUCAACUAGAACCUGUGAUGGCGGGUUUGGAGAGCGCGCACCAUGUAAGUGUCGCUGCUAUGGCUUACAAGGAUGCUGUGCUUCGCGAAGUUCGAAACAUCAUCCGACGGCCGCUACCUAGCUCGAGCGAUGAUGACAACAUGUCAAUGAUGUCAGUAUCUACCGCAGGUGGUGGUAGAAAUCUAUCGGGUCAAGAGAAGUCGGUCAACCUGGCCCGGAACUUGCGAGCGUUGGACCCUGAAGAUGCUGAAGAGCUUCUGGUGAAGAUUUAUAUUGGCGUGACGGAGACAUUACGACGACUUUCAACGCAGGUGAAGGUUUUACUCGAUAUUGCGGCCUCGCUUUCCAAUGAUGUUCCCGACGGUAUGAAGUCACCACCAUUCCGAUCACCGCUAUCCAGCCCCAGACCAGAGAGAUUUAUAGGUGGCAUGCCUCAGCCUGCUAUUGAACUGCAAGAAGAGCUUCACAAAACGCUUGAUGUCUCCAAUCUGUCGGCGCAAGCUGUUGACGUGGCAAAUGAUAAAAUUGUCAAGAUUCUCAAAGUGCGGUCUGAGCAGUCAACAACGCUACCUCUUGUUAUGUUUCUGCGCUACUUUACUCUCAAUCUCUAUUUUGCCAAUGAGUGUGAGGCUAUCUCUGGUAGAGUAGGCUCGUCAUUAAAGACUGUGGUGAACAAUCACAUCAAGGAGUUUGUCCAACAGAACCGCGACCUUGAGAUGCAGAAGCUGGCCCAGGCAAUGGAGUCUGAUCAAUGGGGCGCCAAAGACUUUGACGAAGCAAGCACAAAGUUACUCAAUGAAAUUCUUGAAUGCAGCACUCAAGACGCGGAGUCCUGGUUAGAGGGAUCGAAGCUCUGGAUACCUACAACGGAGCUUGGUCAAGAGAACCUUGGCGCAGCGGCGGCCGAGACAAAUGGCACAGAAAAGGAAAAGAGCCGACCUGCAGUCAUUGAGUCAGAGAAGUUCCUGCUGCCAAACUCUGCCAUUCUCUGCCUAAAGGGCAUUGGCAACUUUUUGCAUCUGGUCGCCGGUAUCCCGUCCAUGACAAACGAUGUCGCAACGUCACUGCUCGCCUACUUGCAGCUUUUCAACUCACGAUGCACCCAGCUCAUCCUGGGAGCUGGUGCCACACGAUCUGCUGGCCUUAAGAAUAUUACCACCAAGCACCUUGCGUUGGCAUCAUUGGCGCUUUCGUUUAUUGCGACACUCGUCCCUCAUAUUCGAGAGUUUAUGCGCCGUCAUGCCGGCUCCAGCGGUGUGUCUACGCUCAUGGGCGAAUUUGACAAGAUCCGACGUGUCUUGCAGGAACACCAAGAUAGCAUCCACCAGAAACUUGUUGAGAUUAUGAGCGGGCGCGCCGCAGUACACUCCAAGAGUAUUCGGGCAACCAAAUGGGACGAGGCCGAGGCCACUGCUGCGCAUGCCUACAUGGAGACGCUGGCCAAGGAGACCACUACUCUACAUCGCGUUCUAACCAAGCAUCUUCCCGAGACUUCGAUUCAUAUGAUUAUGCUACCUGUCUUUGCCAGCUACAAGGAGCAGCUGGGCGGAGCCUUCACGGAGUCCGAAGUCAAGACAAAGGCCGGCAAGGACAGCAUGCUACGCGACAUUGAACUCUUCUGCUCCAAGCUCGGCAAGCUGGACGGCUUUGCUGACGCAGGCGAGCACCUCAAGGACAUUGUUGACGCCAAAGACGUGGCGGCGCCCCCUCCACCACCGCCUGCCAAAGAAGAACCCAAGGAAGACAAGGACGCGGUGUCAAGCGAUGCUGCGGGCGAGCAGCCCAGCAAAGACGAAGAAGCGAGCGCCGAAACAGCGAAGGAGACUACAUCGUCCGACUAACUCGUUUGUUCUUCUUCCGCAUAAUAAGUGACGACGCAUCACCGCAAAAGGUCGGGUCCGUGUAUAUGAUUAAAGAAGCAUAGUACCACCAACUACAAAGUCUCAUGUUGCAUUUAGCGAUUCAGUUUGAAUAGAACAAGUCCCCAGAAAGUACACAUCCCGAUCUCCUUUGUAUUAUUAUCCAUGUUCAACCACAUAGAGAGAUGGAAACCUUAAAAUCACGUGGUCGCCCGAGAGUCGCCGGAAACCCGACACCGAGCGGUAAACCCAAAAGGCCCGUACGACUCGGUUCAUGACUUUCUGCUAGUAGCGAAGUACGCGAUGUCAUUGGCGGUACCUUGGCGCCCACAACCACACCACACUCAGUGCUUGAGGCCUGCUACGACCUACCUCACUGGGUGUAGCAGCGCGCAAGCCACAGAGGGGGGGCUUCUGAAGGCCAAACCUACCAGCGGGCGUGUUGCUAUCUCACCCCCUUCCCCUUCUAUGGUGUGCUGGCCCGGUCCACUGUACAGGUCGAGUUACAGCACAGUGCAAGUGCCUGAGCGUGGCGCCUCUUUUCUCGCUGUGCCCUCUUCAUUGGGCACAUGCGAGACGACACACCACCACACACCACCAGUGACAGUGACCAAUGGUGGCCCACACCGAUGAAGAAGGGACAGUCAAUCAGGCUAAAGCAAUCGGCACGUCUCCUUCUGUUUGCGCGGUCUGUGUGCUUCGCGUACCUGGACUGAUCCAGAUGCGGGCUGAUUUUUUUGUCUUUUUUCGGUGCGGCGCCCUUCUGCAGAGCAGCGCCUUCCCCUGUGGCUCAGUCCUGAAUUUUGGUAGAAGAGGGCCGCGCAAGCCCAUGGUUAGACGUAUGUGAGGGUACAAGGGCAGGACUAUUAUCGGAUCAAGAGGAUCAAUGGUUAAAAUAAAAUCAUUAGUAAAAGUUUAGCCGUUUUCUUCUCAUCACUGUUUCAUGUGAAAGGGUCAUGUUAUUUGAGUGAGUAAUAUCAUUUGUAUAUACGGCUAUCCAAAAGAGAUGACAUAGGCCAAUUCCAAGUCUCCCUAUAAACGAAGGAAGGGUGACUUGCUCUCAGCGAAUGACGUGAAGUGAAGGGGGUAUCAAUUGCUUUUUGUUGUAUCUCGACUUGUAAAAGAGUGCCAGGACAGUGCCUGUAGUUGAGAGCGAGAGGGGCGCAAAGUGUAAAGACACUAUGCUAGAAAAGCGAAAAGACAAGGUGAAAAGAGAAAAAGUCCAAAGCAAAACAGUGUCCGUCUAGUGGUGUUGCGCCCAAUUUGUGUCCGUGGUAUAAAUCCGUCUAAAAGUAAUCAUGAUCUUGGUUCAUAACUGCAUCCGAUGCAAGACAUGUCUUUAUAAGAGAUGCUGCUAGGAAGCAUAUUCAUCAGCCGCUCCUGGCGUUCUGUGGGAUGCUGAAAAAUCAAAAGAGGCACAAGUGCAAGUCGCGGACGAUCGGCUCGCCGACCAGACUCUGCGACCGUGCAUGUGCAGUCAUGAAGAAGUGACCCCAUUUAGUGGAAGAGGGCGAGGCCAGUGCUGCCCUCACCAAGGGUGGUGAUGAGGUGGGUGGCCUUGGUGGUCUUGGUCUGGACGUCAUCGGGAAGGACGUACUCGUGGCCGCAGGGGAAGGCCUCGCAGCCAGAGGCAGGACCAAGCUCGCCAGCAGGGAAGAUCUGGUGAACACCAGUCUUGUCGGUGGGGUCAACGAUAGCAGAGACGUCGUAGAAGGUGAUGUCGUUCCAGCCGUUGAAGGUGACCUCACCAAGCAUGCCCGGAGUGUUGGGGGCGCCAACGGGUCUGGCGUACCAGUUGCCGAUCCACUGGAGAGGGAAGUCAACGGUGAUGUUCUUGGUGUUGUCAACGUUGACGCUGGGAAUCUGGGCGUGUCCGGCGCUGGGUGUGAAGUAGAUGGUGCGCUGGGUGUUGUCAAGGGUCCAGAAGGUGACCUGGUUGUCGGCUGCGACGGCAGCGGCAGCGGCAAUGAGAGAGGCAACGGCGGUAGAGAACUGCAUCUUAAAUGAUUUUCAAAUGAGAAGGAAUGUGGUUUGGUAAGUCUUUUGCUUGCUUAGAGAGUGAGGAAGCAGAAAGAAGUAGUUGGUUGCUGAAGGAGCGUUGGUAUAAGUCGCGAUGACUAUAGAGUAAGGAAUGGCAAGAUGCUGAAGAGCGAACA